AUGGACGGCAUGGAGGGAGCACAGCUCUGCUUCCCUCAGCUCCUGAACUCUUCCUGCAGAGGUCUAAUGCGUCCUCGCACCGAGACUGUCCUCCUCUACACACUGCUCUCCUCCAUUGCCGUGCUCACGGUCGUUCUCAACCUGCUGGUUAUCAUCUCGAUCUCCCACUUCGGGCAGCUUCACACCCCCACCAACCUGCUGCUGCUCUCUUUGGCCAUCGCAGACCUCCUCGUGGGGUUGCUGGUAAUGCCAGUGGAAAUGGUGAGAUUCAUAGAAACCUGCUGGCUGCUGGGCGACCUCGUGUGCACUUUUUCUUACAUGAUGGGUUUCACUCUGAUCUCAGCCUCUGUGGGGAACAUGGUGCUCAUCUCGAUUGAUCGUUUUGUUGCCAUUUGUUAUCCUCUGCAGUACCCCAUCCACAUCACCCGCAGCAGAAUUGAGGUGUGUGUGUGUGCGUGCUGGGCCGCCUCGUUCUUCUACAACGGGCUGAUUUUAAUGGACCAUCUCAGGCAGCCGGACAGAUACAACUCCUGCGAUGGAGAAUGUAUGGUGGUGAUCAGCUUUGUCUCUGGCACGAUCGACCUGUUGUGCACGUUUUUCGGGCCCUGCUCAGUCAUCGUGGUUCUGUACGUCAGAGUGUUCGUGGUCGCUGUGUCUCAGGCGCGCGUCGGCCGGUCUCAUUUCACGGCGGUCGGUGCAGUAAAAGUCACCGCCAAGAAAUCGGAGAGAAAAGCAGCCAGGGCUCUGGGAAUGGUCAUCAUGGUGUUUUUGAUGAGUUUCUGUCCGUACUAUUACCCCUCUCUUGCAGGACAGGAAAUCUCAAACAGUGCUUCGUCUUGGGCCAUUGUGUCCUGGCUGCUGUUUUUUAACUCUUGUUUGAACCCACUCAUAUAUGCAUUUUUCUAUCCGUGGUUUAGAAAAGCUAUCAAGUUAAUUGUUACCCUCAAGAUACUUGAACAGAACUCUUCUCAGGAAAAUAUAAUGUGA